AUGGCUGGCCAAACGAUCAAUGACAGGUUGCUGGCUGCACGGCACAGCCUUGCUGGACAAGGACUGGCAAAAUCUGUGUGCAAGGCCACGACAGAAGAAAUGAUUGGACCGAAGAAAAAACAUCUCGAUUAUUUGGUACACUGCACCAACGAACCGAACGUAUCGAUUCCUCAUCUUGCCACAUUGCUUAUCGAACGGUCUCAGAAUGCCAACUGGGUCGUGGUAUAUAAAGCACUUAUCACAACCCAUCAUAUGCUGGCUUAUGGUAACGAGCGAUUUAUUCAAUACUUGGCAUCAAGCAAUUCAUCUUUCCAGUUGAAUAAUUUCCUCGACAAGGGCGGCGUGCAAGGUGCCGUUGGUGCUCGCAUGGGCUAUGAUAUGUCACCAUUUAUACGACGCUACGCAAAAUAUCUGAAUGAGAAGGCGCUAUCGUAUCGCACGGUGGCAUUUGAUUUUUGCAAAAUGAAACGUGGAAAGGAGGAAGGCUCUCUGCGAGUGAUGUAUGCCGACAAGCUACUCAAAACAUUGCCUAUUUUACAAGCUCAGUUGGACUCGCUACUAGAGUUCGACUGCACGGCCAAUGAUCUCACGAAUGGAGUUAUCAAUAUGUGCUUCAUGCUGUUAUUCCGUGAUUUGAUACGACUGUUUGCUUGUUAUAACGAUGGCAUCAUUAAUCUACUCGAAAAGUAUUUCGACAUGAAUAAGAAACAGUGCCGUGAUGCGUUGGAUCUGUACAAAAAGUUUCUCACACGAAUGGAUCGUGUCGGAGAAUUUCUCAAGGUUGCCGAGAACGUUGGCAUUGAUAAAGGUGAUCUUCCUGAUCUAACCAAAGCACCUAGCUCUCUGCUAGAUGCGCUUGAGCAACAUUUGCUGGCACUGGAAGGCAAAAAGGGGUCAGCCGCAAACACACCUACACAAACGGCAAGCAAUCAAAAGAAUGUUAAAAGUGGAGUUAAUGCUCUUACGUCAACUAGCUCUUCCUUCGGAAUAGUGGCAGAAUCGGCAAAAUUCGAUAGUCCCACAAAUGGUAUGAUCGACGAAAGCCUGAAGGCCCAGGUGCUUGCUGAAGAGGAGGCUGCAAUGAAUCAAUACAAGUCGAAGGUAUCUUCCCCGACUUCGGCAACAGCAAUAACAAAUCCGUUCCUGUCGUCUCCAACUGCUAGUCAAAACAACAUCGUUGAUCUGUUCGAGGCACCCAAACAACAAGCGCUAGAUCAACAAGCUGCAGUCGGUUCGUCUAAGGCUUCCGAUGAUUUGCUUCAACUUGGCAAUCCAUUUGCGGAUGUUUUUGCCGCGCCAGCAGCAUCGAGCACUGUGCCAGUAGCAUCUACGAACGCCUUUGGAGCCGGUAAUAAUUGGAUGGGAAAUGGAGGCUUCAAUGGAAGUAUGACUUCGGCGAAUGUACCCGGAAUGGCAGGGCAAGUAGUGCCGGGAAGCGAUUCCAACACCUUCGUCUCGGACAACAAUUUCACGUCAGUUUUUGGUGGUCUAGAACAAAAUGGAUCUAGUGCAGCUCCGGUUGCCGCAGCUCAACCAGGAAAAGUGUUGACAGGAGAUUUGGAUAGUUCUUUGGCUUCGUUAGCUGAAAGUCUGACUAUAAAUAAGUCAAACUGUGGAAAAAAUAUUCAGUGGAGCUCGCCGAAGACAUCCGCCAAGACUGGUUCUGCGGGAUGGUCGCCUCAACCACAACCGGCCACAAAUCAGACUGGCUACAAACCAAUGGCACAAGGUAUGGCUGUUUUUCCAGUUCCUAGCACAAUACAUCCCAGCACGCACACUUCCCUUCCCGUAGUGCCAGGAUAUUACAUACAGCAAGGAAUGACUCAGAUUAGGCCGAUGAUGGGUGCUACCAUGUCUGGUGCAAAUCCUGCGAUGGUCCCAGGAAUGGUUGCUCCUGGUAUGGCGUCUCAACAACCGGUUCUUACUAGUCAACAGUCGAUGCAUAUGCAACCAGUAGCAAUGCAACAAGCUACACCUGCAAUGGCACCAAACGUUGCUACGGCAGGAAAUAUUCAGUUGGAUCCAUUCGGAGCGCUCUAAGCAAUUUUGUUGUUGUUGUUAAGACGAACAUACGGUGUAGAUGUACUCGCGUAUAUACAUAUACUAUUAUUACGUACUGUAGAACAAGAGUAAUGAUUGAUUGUAACGGUUAUGAAUUCAAUUAGGAAUAUAUAUUGGAAAGACAUGUUGCAAAACAACAUACAAAGAAUUGUGAAACGACGCUAAACAAUGAAAAUAAGAAAAGAGAAUUAGAGUAUGCAGA